AUGAGUCGUUUACCUCCCUUGCCAAAUAUUCAAGAGAUCAUCAGAUUUUAUAAAUUACGAGCGAUACGAAGUUUGUCACAGAACUUUCUGUUGGACAUGAACCUGAAUAAAAAGAUAAUCCGUAAAGCUGGAAAUCUGACGAACAAUGUUGUGAUCGAGGUCGGGCCUGGCCCAGGGGGGAUAACUCGUGCUAUACUGGAGAAAGAUAUUGAUAGAUUGAUUGUUAUUGAAAAGGACAAACGAUUUCUUCCCAGUUUAGAGACUAUUUCCAGAUUGUCUGGUAAGAAUAUGCGAGUUGUUCAUGGUGAUAUUUUAAAUUAUAGUCUAGAUACGUUAAUACCGGAAGAAUUCUCGAAACCCUGGGACGACAGCCCCUCUGAUAUACAUAUUAUUGGCAAUUUACCAUUCAAUGUCUCUACUCCGUUAAUCAUUAAAUUCCUGAAAGCCAUAUCAGAGAGAACUGGACCUUGGAAAUUUGGUCGUACACCACUGACGUUGACGUUUCAGAAGGAAGUAGCAGAACGAAUGGUCUCUCAAAUUGGAGUCAGUGAAAGGUGUCGAUUGUCUGUUAUGUGUCAACAUCUUUGUAAAGUAAAAUUAGAGUUUGUAAUACCAGGAAAAGCCUUCACUCCAUCACCUAAAGUAGAUGUAGGAGUGGUAAAGUUUUUACCUUUAAAACAACCAUUGAUAGAUGUACCAUUUUUACAAGUUGAAAAAGUUCUACGUCAUUUCUUUCAUUAUAGACAGAAAAAAUGUUACAGAGGGGCUGAAACUUUAUUUCCAGCUGAUCAACAGAAAUUAACAGAAGAAUUAUUUACACGGAGUGAAGUAGAUCCUUUUGAGCGUCCAUUUUUACUGAUAAUGGAAGAAUAUCAAAGAAUUUGUCGUGCUUAUUCUGAUAUUUGCGAACAGCAUCCAGAAAUAUUUGAAUAUGACUAUAGAGCUCCUCAGAGUUUGAAACACACACGUUUAUACAAAAAUUCAGCGGAGAAUCAAACUAAGAAACAUUUCCUGACAAGUUUACAUGAAGAUUUUGAUACCUCAUUUAAACAAGAAAUAGAUGAGGUGACAUAA